AUGGGAUGGAAGGAUCAGUUCCAAUGGAGGAAAUUGAAAUUUUCCUAUGAACAUCCCGAGCAAAUGGUCCUGUGCCAAUGGCAAACAGACGUUUCGACUCCAACGUGCUACCUACUUUUCCGCAUGGUGUUCCUCACCUUCUACUUGGGUAUUUGGUAUGCUGGCGUGCGUAUGGUGAAUAUAAGCAUAUCUUGUAAUUGCCUUCCGAGCAUCAACAAGGGUUCCAUCUUCCUCUAUUAUACCACGUGGAGCGAAUUGUUUUGCUGUGUAGCCUCUGCGUCAUCGUUAUUGAUAACUGUCACACAAUACGUCAUGGAAGACGAAGAAGAAGUCAAAAAGUCAGUCUUCGAAUGCAGAACGUGGUUCAAGAUUCAUCUGGUCUUUUAUACUUUGGCAUUAGACUCCUCUGUUGCUCUAGCUUUUGGUUACUUCGGAUACGUCUACUACAACGAGAGGAGAUACUACAGAGGUAUAUCGUACGUUCUGCACCUGUGGACCGGAGUUCUGAUGCUAUUAGAUUUCAUGCUUUCAUCUUUACCCACGAACCUCCUGCAUUUCUACCUCACACUAUCAAUUUCGUUGCUGUACGGAUUGUUUUCCUGGGUGUACUACAUAGUAGGGGGCAAGGAUUACCUAGGAGAAAAAUACCUUUACGAAAUCCUCAACUGGGAGGAUACUCCUUGGACCGCCAUUUUCGCUAUUUUAGGUACAUUUUUGUUCUUUGUAGCUGUUCGUGUUAUUGUGUUCGCCAUGUCUAGAUUGAGAGAUGUCGUAUAUCAUAAGUAUUAUUAUAGUGUUACCGAAGAAUCUGUGAAUCCUCGUAACUUUGUUGUGGUUUCUUGAAAUAAAACAAAAUCAAUGUGACGAAACCUA